GAGCAGCGCGGAAACGAUCCUCCUGGCGCAAUGUUCCACGCAAUGGCGUUCCAAAUUGGGGAAAAUUGGUAUCAGUGUGGAAAGAAAGGUUGCUCUCAUGAAGCCACGGCCGAGCAUAUGCGACAACAUCUUCACAAAAAGGAUCAUUUGGGCAUUCCCUUCUUCCCAUGUAACCAUUGGGGUACGACAGAGUAUGGCUACAGCCCCAACGGCGAGCCAUAAUCUGGACGAUUCUGUCGCCACGAGGGUCAAGAAGAACCUGAAAAAUGGCCUGGCUCCUGUCCCAUAUGCGCAACCCGAUUCUCGCAAGAAGCACAAUGGUGGGCAUGCUAACCCGAUCUCGUGGGAUAUACCACCACCCAAAGACCUUUCGUUCCCAUUGGCACCCUAUCCACAGCAGAACAAUUACAUCUCAGGCAUGAACCGACAAGAGCCACCAUUGGGCCUUUGGACCUCUACUUGGCCAAACCAUUCAGCUGGCCUCAGUUGUCCACCUGGUGUAAAUGACUUGUUGAGUAGAAACUUUAUUUCAUCUUUGCAUAUUAUAACUAGCUACAGAUCCAUUCCGUACUUGGGACAACCGAGCUUCUCCACUCAAGGUUCAACCUACCACCCUCCUCCAUUCCCACCUAAUCGCACGAAUAAUAUGCCCGCGUCAAAUAUCUUAGAAUCUCCGCUGGCCUAUGCAAAUAAUGGGACCCCAUCGGCUCCUUCAGGAUCUCCACCUGAUUACACGAACAGUAUAUACGCAUCAACUUCUUCGGCACCUGUGUUCAUAAGUAAGAAGAUGCAUCGCUAUAGUCUGGAUAUUGACCAUUAUCGAAUAGAUGGUAUAGGAAUGUGGCCGCCCGUUCCGCCACAAUCUACCCCAGUAGCCGCCGAGACUACAGACCCGGUAUAUAAGGAGAAACGUGAUGUAUCGGAGGCCGAAUCCGGGACAAAGGUGGGCCCUAAUAAAAAGGGGGACUAUUCGGGAGUAUGCGAAAGUGGAUUCCCAAGUGGUGCCGUGUGUCUAGUUGUGCUGACCGCUUUCUUUGUCGCAUUAGUCCUAUUAGUACUAGGUAUCAGCUUUGCUUAUCGUCUCCGGCCCGUCGAUAUACAAAGGUUGCAUCCUCUUCUUCUGGGGUUACUCGAUUAA